AUGGAUGAAGGUAGCUGCUACUUUUAUAUGGAUGAAGGUAGCUGCUACUUUUAUAUGGAUGAAGAUAGCUGCUACUUUUAUAUGGAUGAAGGUGGCUGCUACUUUUAUAUGGAUGAAGGUAGCUGCUACUUUUAUAUGGAUGAAGGUAGCUGCUACUUUUAUAUGGAUGAAGAUAGCUGCUACUUUUAUAUGGAUGAAGGUAGCUGCUACUUUUAUAUGGAUGAAGGUGGCUGCUACUUUUAUAUGGAUGAAGGUAGCUGCUACUUUUAUAUGGAUGAAGGUAGCUGCUACUUUUAUAUGGAUGAAGGUAGCUGCUACUUUUAUAUGGAUGAAGGUAGCUACUACUUUUAUAUGGAUGAAGGUAGCUGCUACUUUUUUAUGGAUGAAGGUAGCUGCUACUUUUUUAUGGAUGAAGGUAGCUGCUACUUUUUUAUGGAUGAAGGUAGCUGCUACUUUAUUAUGGAUGAAGGUAGCUGCUACUUUUUUAUGGAUGAAGCCCACACUGUGAGACCCUUAAGUGAUCCCCAAGAUGUGAGACCCUACAGCGCUCGCCAAGAUGUAAAAGCCUACAGUGCUCCCCAAGAUGUGACAGUCUACAGCGCCCCCCAAGAUGUGAGAGUCUACAAGGUCUACAGCUAG